GGAAUCGACGAAAAGAAAUGCCGAACGUUCCCGCCCCUGAGUCCGCCGUGAAGCGCGCUGCUUUCAAGCAGCAGCAGACCGAGAACUUCAAGAAGGCCAUCGCCGCCGCCAAGGCUGCUAAGGCCUCUCUAAGGAAGCUCGCCUACAAGCGCGGCCUCCAGUACUCCCGCCAGUACCGUGGUGCGGAGAAGAAGCUGGUGACGCUGCGCCGCCAGGCCGCCACAGGUGGCAACUACUACCUCGAGGCGAAGCCCAAGGUGGCCGUCGUGACGCGCAUCCGCGGUAUCGCCAAGGUCCCGCCGAAGCAGCGCAAGAUCCUCCAGCUGCUGCGCCUGCGCCAGAUCUUCAAUACGGUCUUCGUGAAGCUUAACAAGCCGAUCGAGAACAUGCUGCGUGCGGUGGAGCCCUACAUCGCGUACGGCUACCCUUCCCUCAGCACGAUCCGGGCUCUGGUUUACAAGCGCGGAUACCUCAAGGUCAACGGCCAGCGCAUCAAGAUUGUCGACAACCAGAUAGUCAAGGACAAGUACAACAACGAUGACGUCGUGUGUGUCGAGGAUGUCGUGAACCAGAUCUACACCUGCGGCAAGCACUUCCGCACCGUGACGCACGGCCUGUGGCCCUUCAAGCUGGCGCCACCGGCUGGCGGCAUGAACCAGAAGCGGCGCCACUUCGUUGAGGGUGGUGACUUCGGCAACCGUGAACUCCUCAUCAAUCGCUUCCUCGCCCGUAUGAUCUAAGAAGCGGCAAUGCCAUAAUUCUUAGCGGAUUAUCCUACACUAUGAAUAUGUUUUUCAUUUUGUUUCUCUAAUUACAUUUAAAUUUCUGAAGA